AUGACACUAGGAUCGUCGUCAAAAUCAACACAACAAAAUGAUUCGUCAUCAAUUGUUUCGGUUAGUCAUCCUCAAUUUACACGUAAUGCAUCAUGUCCAACACAAGGUACAUUAUCAUCAACAAUGAAUUCAUUAUUAAUUGAAAAAAAAUAUAGUUCAUCAUCAAAUACUUUACAUACAUAUUUUAAUCAAAUAAAUCAACGUUCAAAUACAAUUCCAUCACAUCAUUCAACAAUAAUUGAAAAUAAAAAUUUUCUUCAAAAAAUUAAAACUCGUGUUGUCAAUUUAUUUAAACAUAUAAAAUAUGGAAAUUCAAUAAAUAAUACAGAUAAUCAAAUGGAUAUUAAUCAACAACAACAACAACAACAACAACAACAACAACAAUCAACAUUUAAUUAUGAUCCUGAACUUGAUUUACGUGAAGAACAUUUAUU